UGCGCGCACACUCUCCACGCCGCCAACAGGGAUGCAUCGAGGGCGAAGCGCAGCCUGAAAAAUGGCCCCGACUCCGCGCGUCUUGUGGAUCUAUCCUUCCCUUUUCCUGCUCACGUCCUCGGUGCUUUUUCACCUGUUGUCGCUGUGUGGAGCCUUAAGGAAUUACCCGGACAAUGAAGUUACGUUGCUGGACUCCAUGUCAGCCUUGGCCGACCUGGGCUGGGAGGCUUAUCCUAAUGAAGGGUGGGAGGAGAUCAGCGUGAUGGAUGAGCGGAACACCCCGAUGAGGACGUACCAGGUGUGUAAUGUCAUGCAGGCUAAUCAGAACAACUGGCUGCGGACGCGCCACAUCAGUCGGGAAGGAGCGCAGCGUGUUUACAUCGAGAUCAAAUUUACCCUGCGCGACUGCAACAGCCUGCCCGGCGUCCCCGGUACCUGCAAAGAGACAUUCAACAUGUACUACUAUGAGUCGAACAACGCCAACCUGUGGUUCAUCAAGGAAAGUCAGUAUGUCAAGAUCGAUACUAUUGCUGCAGAUGAAAGCUUCACGCAGGUGGAUGUUGGCGACCGUGUGAUGAAGCUAAAUACAGAAAUGCGCGACAUCAGCAACCUAAGUAAAAAAGGCUUCUACCUGGCCUUCCAGGACCUGGGCGCUUGCAUCGCUCUGGUUUCGGUCAGGGUCUUCUACAAGAAGUGUCCACUCACUGUGCUUAAUUUGGCCCAGUUCCCUGACACGAUAACAGGGGGAGACACAGCCCUGGUCGAGGUGCACGGAGCAUGUGUGAAUGCCUCAGAGGAGUUUGAGGCUCCAAAGAUGUACUGCAGCGCAGACGGAGGCUGGCUGGUUCCUAUCGGGAGGUGUGUGUGUAAACCGGGCUUCGAGGAGAACAAGGACAUCUGCCAAUCAUGCCGACCUGGAACCUACAAGGCCUCGGCCACAGACGCCUACUGCAACAAAUGUCCUCCUCACAGCUCGUCUCCUCAUGAGCAAGCCACGGAGUGCAUUUGCGAGAAAGGCUUUUACCGGGCCGACAGCGAUCCACGCUCGAUGGCGUGCACACGUCCCCCAUCUGGUCCAGAAAACCCGAUCUCCACAGUGAACGAGACCUGCGUCACCCUGGAGUGGUCAUCCCCUCGAGACACAGGAGGACGCGGGGACAUCACUUACAGCCUUCAUUGCAGGAAGUGCUCUGGCGAGGGCAAACAGUGUGUACCCUGUGGAAGCAGUGUCCACUUUGUGCCCCGACAAUUUGGCCUCUCAUCCGCCACUGUCAUCGUCACCGACCUGCAGCCAGACUCCAACUACAGUUUCAUCAUCGAGAGCCAGAACGGCGUGUCAGACUUGAGUCCAGCGCCGAAAGGAAGAGCAGUGAUUAAUAUUACCACAUCGCAGACUGUGAGUGUUGUGUUGAAGGAGAGGCGCAGCAAGGACAGCGUGACCUUGGCCUGGCAAGGCCCAGAGAGACCCAAAGGUGCGAUAGUCGAGUACGAGGUCAUCUACUAUGAGAAGAACCAGCGGGAGCAGAACUACACUGUUUUAAAAACUCGAUCCAACAUGAUGACAGUGGACGGGCUUAAACCAGGCACCACCUACGUGUUCCGGGUCAGGGCUCGAACUGACGGUGGAUACGGCAGCUAUGGUGGAGAAAUUGAACUGGAAACGAGCCAUGAAGACGUCUUUGCUAUUGGAGACCCGAACCAGACCACCAUCCUGGCCAUAUCCAUCUCAGGUGGCGUCGUUCUCCUCAUCUUCCUGGUGACAUGCUUCGUCGUUAGCGGAAGGCACUGUGGAUAUAUCAAAGCCAAGCAAGACCCUGACGAAGAGAAGAUGCAGUUCCAGCAUGGUCGAGUCAAGCUUCCUGGCAGUAGAACUUACAUCCAUCCUCACACCUAUGAAGACCCCAACCAGGCUGUCAGAGACUUCGCCAAAGAGAUCGAUGCUACCAAUAUUCGCAUCGAGAGAGUUAUUGGAGCUGGAGAGUUUGGAGAAGUGUGCAGCGGGCGGCUACGAGUGCAAGGAAAGCGAGAGAUCUACGUGGCCAUCAAGAGUCUGAAGGCAGGCUACUCCGACAAACAGAGGCGGGACUUCCUGUCAGAGGCCUCCAUCAUGGGACAGUUUGACCACCCAAACAUCAUCAGGCUGGAGGGAGUCGUCACAAAAUGUAAGCCGGUGAUGAUCAUAACAGAGUUCAUGGAGAAUGGAUCACUGGACACCUUCCUCAAGAAACACGACGGCCAGUUCACAGUAAUCCAGCUGGUCGGCAUGCUGCGUGGCAUUGCCUCAGGCAUGAAGUACCUGUCAGACAUGAGCUACGUUCAUCGGGAUCUCGCUGCACGAAACAUCCUGGUCAACAGCAACCUUGUGUGUAAGGUGUCUGACUUUGGCCUGAGUCGGGUUCUGGAGGACGACCCAGAGGCUGCAUACACCACUAGGGGAGGGAAGAUCCCCAUCAGGUGGACCGCUCCCGAGGCCAUUGCCUACAGGAAGUUCACCUCAGCCAGUGAUGUGUGGAGUUAUGGUAUCGUCAUGUGGGAGGUGAUUUCAUAUGGCGAGAGACCCUACUGGGAGAUGUCCAACCAGGAUGUAAUAAAAGCAAUAGAUGAAGGCUACCGUCUUCCUGCACCAAUGGACUGUCCAGUGGUUCUGCACCAGCUCAUGUUGGACUGCUGGGAGAAGGGACGCAGUGAGCGACCCAAGUUUGGACAGAUCGUCACAAUCCUGGACAAGCUCAUCAGAAACCCUGCCAGCCUAAGAGAGCUGGCUAACAGCCCAGCAGGCGAGGAGCUGACCACUCCAGAAUUCAGUGUGAGCACUGUGGAUGAGUGGUUGGAGGCCAUCAAGAUGGGCCACUAUAAGGAUAACUUUUCCAGCGCUGGAUACAUCAGCUUGGACUCAAUACUCUACAUCAGUGUCAGUGAAUUGGCUAAAAUGGGGGUGACUCUAGCCGGCCACCAGAAGAAGAUUUUAUCCAGUGUGCAGAGCCUGCAGACCCAGGGGACACAUGUGCAAGUAUAACACUCUUCACAUUAACACACAUUGAGCGAGCACCAAGGGUUUGGAUGCCCAUGUUAAGAUUUUCCCCACUAAAAUGGAGACUGGAUACGCCAUUUUUUUAUUUACGCCGUUUUAACAGUCACUGAGUUGGAGGACAACAUGGACGAUUGCCUCGUUUACAUUCUUACACCAUUCUUCCCCCCCUCAAUGGACACUACCAGCUUUGGAGUCCCCAGCAGCAACACAACCACCAAUACAGACCAACAUCUACAGCAUCAUUCACAUUGCAACAGCUAAAAAAAAGGAAAAAAAAGGACUCAGAAAGGAAGGACAAGAAAAUAGAAUCUAAUUCUCAUGUGAUGUUUACUGUUGGUUUUGUUGUAUUCUUGUUUCUGCUUUCACCUUGAAGAGUUGAAGCGAUGCCACGAGUACAUGUAAUUUACAGUAUAUGUGUAGAUGUAUGUUUAUAGGUGGGGUUGAAUCCCACACCCGUAUAGAUGGACCUAACGUUUGUUUUGGUUUCAAGAUUUGUAUGCUAGUUUCUACCUAGUAUGUGUGCAGCCUCCUCCAUUCCUCAGUCAUAGACAAUGAGGAAUGACCUGAAUAUUUGGGUGUGAGGGGAACUGGACCUAAAGAGUAAGUAUUGCAACUGGUAACAUUUGUGUACAAGGAUGAGUGCUUCCCUCGAGACAGAUUGGACAUUGGCCAUUCAUGAUGUCCAAAGAACCUCCUGAAUGUUCAUGUGGUGCCAUUUUUCUUCCAUUCCAUUGUUUCCAGCAAUAUUCAGAACAAUGCUGGUCAGUUGAGGCAUUUUCUAUCACACGAUGAAAGGAGAAGUUUGCAAUUUUAAAACUGGUAGCAAGAUUUGAACGUAGCCUCACUUCACAAAAAAUUAAAAGAGAGGUGAUAAGCUUACCUGUUGAGAAGAAAUGUUGCUAAUUCCGCGUCGCUCCUGAAUCCUCUCAGCUGCCUGAGGUCCCUUCGCUCUGCUUCUGUAUGCUAGUCUUUUGUCCAGUUGUUAGCAAAUGAGGGAUGGACUUUUUUUUAUGGAGGUAGAUAUUCCAGCAGCGUUUCAUCAAAGCGCCUGAACCCCAAGCUCAAGCCAAUGUGAGUGCAAAUGGUUGUUUGUUUGUAAGUGCCCUGCGAUUGGCUGGCAACCAGUUCAGGGUGUACCCCGCCUCCUGCCCGAUGAUAGCUGGGAUAGGCUCCAGCACGCCCCCGACCCUGGUGAGGAGAAGCGGCUCAGAAAAUGGAUGGAUGGAUGGAUGGAUGGAUGGAUUGUCGUCUCCUGUCUCUGAUUAGCUGCACUUGCCCGGGCACUGUGGCUUCUUAAGAAUCAAAGUAGAGGUAAAAGAUGGGAACAGAGAGUGAUUUUUUUUUUCUUUCUUUUUACAGAUCAUACUACUAACUGUCAGGUUUAUACUGACAGUAUUAAAAAAUGUGACAGUGUUUUGUUUUGUUUUUUUGUGGAAAACUGCAAACUUCCCCUUUUUUAAUGAAGGUAAAAGUGUUUAGGUGUAUAGCUAAAGUCAAAAUCAAGUUGACACUUGAGCUUUGUUGCUGAAGGGUCCAACAAUGGCUGGUAUACUUUAAUUUCCGCUCGUAUGGCUGGAUGGUUACACAAGGCUUGUCACCAUAAUUGCAGUGCUUCCUCUCCCCCAAAUAAUCUCCUAAAAUGAAGUUGCACAUUUAAAACCAACGUAUUUCAAAUAAACACACAAUGUAAGUUUGACAGAGCAAAAGGCUGAUUGUCUGUGAGAAAAUGUCAAUCGUUUGCCCAGCAGUUAGUUAUCAGGUGAAGAGAAACGGGACCUUUUUAAUGGCACUCAAUCUGGUUUUCAGUGUUUUAUUGUGUAGAACUCUAAAAGACAGAGUGACAUAACACACCAUAUAUAUGAUUGUACCAUACUGUAAAUAUGUACAGUGUUGCUUUCCAAUAUUAGAAUGUUUGUAAUGAUAAUGACUAUGAUGUACUUUUGUUAUGAAAAAGAGAUUUGUGAGUGCUUGUUCAGGGGAAGGGCAUACUGGACAAAAGUGUGAGGCGCUUUAUUUGUUUGAACGAACGAAUGUGGCAUGGGUAAGAAGCUUCAUCUUUGACUGACAGGCAACAGUGACCGCAGUUUCUACAUUAACUUGGAAUAAGUAGAAUGGACUUCAUCCGAUUUAAAUCCAGGAAUUUCAUUGGCUUCUUAAGUGUAAUUACACAGGCUCCUGCUGUACACAGUGAUUCCAUUAUUGUGGUUGAGCAUGCAGGAGUUAAAUGUGAAGUUUGACUGUUGGGGUGUAUAUACAGAUAUAUAUAUAUAUGGCACAGUGGACGACUGGUUAGCACAUCUUCCUCACAGUUCUGAGGACCGGGGUUCAAAUCCCGGCCCCCCCCCCUGUGUGGAGUUUGCAUGUUCUCCCCGUGCCUGCGUGGGUUUUCUCCAGGUACACCGGUUUCCUCCCACAUCCCAAAAACAUGCAUGAUAGGUUAAUUGAAGACUCUAAUUAUACACACACACACACACACACACACACACACACACAUACAUACAACUCACACUACAGGACCAUUUGGGCAGAUAAUCCCCUAAAAGUCAGCCCAGUUGUUUAAAUUUAGGGAAUGGAGAGUUGAAGUGAAGUAUUAAUACUAUAUUAUUAUUACUGUAUUAUUUACAGCCUUUCAAAAACAGAAUCAACGGCUAAUAAUUCAGAACACAGAUAACAUACAGAGUCACAGCCCAAUAAACUUUGAUUUAUUUAUCACUGCCAAACCCUUACACUGUAUAUCAAAAAUAAUAUAAUCUGACAGUAUGAGCACAUUCUACUCAUACUAAAUUUAUAAUUUCAUGGAUUUGGUGGAGUGCGCUUGAAUGGUGGCCUUUUGGAUGCCUUAUUUUGCUCUUGGUCUUUUUGUUGCUCUAUAGAGGCUAUUAUAAAGAGUAAAGUAUAUGUACAGGAAGUAUUUAUCUGGUCUUCAAAUGUCCACGCAUCACACACACUUUUAUUCUAACCAAUGAUUUUGUUAUCUCAAGUGGGGAAACAUUUUGCAGAGAAACAACUUUUUUUGCAGAAAUGGACAGUAUUGUUAUUUAUUUGAGUGGUAAUGUUCUGUGAUCUAAACAAAUAAGAAUGUGAUUGACUGACGCACCCUUGGUCUAUUUGGUUACAUAUUGUAUUUUAAUCAAUUACAAGGUUGCAACAUGAUUAACUAUCUCCCCAACAGAUACGGUUGGAACAGAUGCAACCCUCCAAUGAACUCAUUCACUGCCAGCAGUUUUAAUGCAUUUUGAUUGAUCUUUCAAAACAUACCGAAUAUAAUGUUGUUAUAACAUAAUCUCUGAACCUACCAAAGAAAGAAUAGACUUUCUUCUUUCAACAGAAAAAAAAGUUUGUUUCUAACUUUUUCCAUUCUUUAGUAAUUUGCAGAAGAACAUGGCUUGGUUUCAUCAAAAAUAUUGGUUUUCACACCAAAAAGCAUGGUAAACAAGCUUUUUGUAAAAAGAAAUAUGUCAAGCAGAACAAUACCUUUUGUUUAUGUGACAAAAGGUAAGUUAUAAAACAACAAGACAGAGAAAAGACUUUUGAUGGCAAAAUAAUUUAUUUCCAGAUCUGCAACUAAGAAACAAGCCGUGAGUGACAGUGAGUCACUGCAUUGAUCGACUGUGGCUUUUUUACAUGGCGUUCGCCAUUCACUCCAUGAGCUGCGUCAUCUUUUCUUGUGAUCGCGACACACAAUUUCUACUACAUAUCGCGACACAUAACUCUGUUCGAGUGUGAGUCACCUAAACUCGUCCGUCUUUCAACAUGUUGGCAUUUCUGUCUCAUAAUCGACGUGAAAAGAUGAGAUUCACCCCAUAAUCUUAAUCUUCAACUCAAAGGCUGUGCAGAUCUCAAAUCCAAAAGCGAUGGAACACCUCCAUCUACAGGCACGUUAGUCAUUAGAGUGGUUUAAAAACCUGAAUUUCACAGACAAGCGUUGCAAGACCCUCUUCCAUGCCUUACUUUCGAAAAACUUAAAUUAUGAAUAUAUUCAUCAGUGGCAGUAAAAAGUUGGAUUCCAGUAGACAAAUAUAUAUAUAUAUAUAUAUAUAUAUAUCCGUGGCAGUGAAUGAGUUAUGAUGCCUACACACUAAUUUUCAGUCUUUGUCCUCCAUCUUCCUUAAUGUGAAUGUUCAUGAGUGACUCUCAGUUGAACUUCUCACUUUUCCUUUCUUUGGCCACCAAACAAUGUUUAUUGACCACAAAGCCAGUUCCUUCUGCCAUGCUUGUUGUAAAGGGUGUAGGCAUUCUCAUGUCUUUCAUGUUGCUGUAAUAAAUAUGCUAAUAUUUCUAAUUUCUCA